AUGGCCGACGCGGCUGCUCGCCGAGAAGCUCGUCGACGGCGGAUCUUGAACCAGGGCAACGAGCGGCUGCGAUUUAUCACGGGCGAUGCGACUGCCAUGCAAUCGCUAUCGCAACAGCCCAGUGCAGCCAGUGAUGUCCAGGACACAGCAGUGCCAACACAGGUGUCAGCAGUGCACACAGCAGAGCCUCAAGGAAAGCCCGCUUCCGCCUCCCUCACCACAUCCCCUCCACAAGACACCCCCCCGGCGUCAACGCCCCUGCCAGGCCCUGCCUCGCCCACCCCGCCCGCACAGCCGCAGCCUGACUCCACGGCACCCUCUGAUGCGCCAUCCGUGGCUGAGCAAGCACCGUCGCCCUCUCUCCCCGUGCGCCCAAGCGACCAUGCUUCCACUGCGCCAACCUUCCCUUUCGAUCCCUUGGCACCCACCGCCCCUUCAUUCCAACACCUGCCUUUCCUCUCCGCCCAACUCGCCCAGCAGCAGCAGCAGCUGCAGCAGCAGGGCGUGAGCGCUCCACUGCUGGGCCCCAGGCAGGGCGGUGCAGGUGGCGCGUUUGGGGCAUUCCAGGAGCCACCCCGGGCGCAGAAGCGCUCCACAAUGCGCCUGCUGCUGUCCAUGCAGCAACUGGUGUUAGCCGCACAGGCCACGGCGCCAGUGCGCCUGGCUGUAGCCCUGCUGCUGGCGCUGCUCUACUGCCUGCGCAUGCUGCCGCUGCACUGCCCGCACCUCACUCACUGGCUGCCUGCCCUCGCGGCGUCUGCAGGAGCGGCAGCAGAGGCACCUGAGGGGCUCACAGCAGCAGCAGCAGCAGCAGCAGCAGCGGGCAUGAGUGAGGGUUCUCUUUCCUCUCAACCGUCGCUGCUGUGGUUCCUCUUCUUCCUGCCAGCGCACCCCUGUCUGACUGUCCUGGCCACGGACGCUGCUCUCAUCGCAUCCUCCCUCGUGCUCCAAACCUUCAUCUCUCCAAGACCUGCCGCCGCCAGCCCUGCAGGCCUGGCAGGGCUGCUGCAGGGCUUGACUGCAGCAGCAAGGCAAAGCGAGGCGGAGGGCGGGGGAGCAGGAGCAGCAGGAGCAAGCCCGCUGAGUGAGAUGAUGGGUAUGAUGGAGCGCACGGGGUACUGGAUGGCACGUGCUGGCAUGGUGAGGGAUGUGCUGCACGGACUGGUGCUCAACCUGAGUGUGUUCCUCGUUGCGCUGGGCUGUGCUGUGGCUGCUGCAGAGGCUGCAGGGCAGCAUGCCACGUGUGCUGCGGUGGAAUGGGGUGUGGAGGGGGCGGUGAGGCACGGGGGUGGGCUGCUGGAGCUGUGUCAGGCAGCUUUCGAGGGUGUGCAAGAUAGGUGGAGUGCUGUGUUUCAAGGAAGGGGGUAG